AUGAAGGGGUAUAGGGUGGCCCCGAUGGAGGACGACGGAGGGGGAGGCCCUGAUGGGAGGGACGGAGGAGGUGGCGACGGAGGGGGAGGCCCCGAUGGGAGGGGCGGAGGAGGUGGCGACGGAGGGGGAGGUACUGAUGGGGGGACGGAUGAGGUGGCGACGGAGGAUGUGGCCCCAAUGGGAGGGGCAAAUGAGGUGGCGACGGAGGAAGGGGCCCCAGAGGGCGAGAGGACGCCCAUCGUGAUUGAGGGUAAGAGACAUGUUGUUGAUGAGACGGAGCUGGUGGUUGGCAAGAGGUUGAGAGUGCCGUCACAGUAUGUUGUUUCCUCCUUCACGGCUGAGGUCAAGAGGAGGACGUUCAUCGAAGGGACGUACCCGAACUUAUUCAGAGAGGUGGACAAUGUCAAGUGGAAAGCAUUCGAGACGGAGUGGAGGAGAAUUAUCCCCAAAUCAUUCAUGUUUGACGCAAAGCCAGUUGGAGCAAAACUUGGAUACUGUAGCUGUAAUUGUUUCUAUGAUGGCCAGAUAAGCGGGGAUGACUGUAGAGGACAAAUUGCAGAUUGUUCGGAACACGAUGACAUCGCGACAGUCCGUAAGCGGCGACUGCAGCAUAUUUGUCAUUAA